UCUCAAACCCGCGUCCCCGCCUCCGUGACUGUGAGACCUCUUCCCAGUAGUCGCCAGUUGCACCACCUCGUCCUCCGUAUCCCCCAUCUCUAUCCUUUCUCCCCUGUCGUACCGACGAUGUCCGAGUGGCGAGAUCGGAGCCCGUCGCCGACCCUCGCGCGGCAUCUGAGCGAGCUGAGCGCCUCGUCGCCAUCGUCGUUCCUGCGCUCCGCGUCGGCCGUCAGCCCGGCCGCCAAAGGCGCGCCCAACCUCGUUGCCAGGGCUGCCAACGCCCGCCUCGCCCAGAUCAUGGCGUUGCAGGCUGCCAUCGCCGGCGACGGCGAUGAGGACUUCGAGUCGGCGUCCCGGUUCAUGAUGCACCGCCGCGCUGCUCCCAGAGGAAACGGCACUGCUGCCUCCCCUGGUUUCGUAGAUGGUGUCGCCGCCUCCUUGCUAGAGAGAUCUUCUAACCGAUCCCCCUUGCCCGCAUUAAGUCGGGUCUCUGUAGAACCUACUCCUGCAGUUCACUCGACAUCUACUGAAAGGCCGUCUUUAUCAAUUCGUACAACAUUAGUGCCUCCAAGUGUGAAGACUCUUACUCCUAUACCUGCAAUCGACGUUCCUGUUAACGGACAUAGAGAUAGAAGGUUUCCUACAGAUGUGAAACAUUGGAAAUCAAGAGAAUAUGAUGAUUCACGUGAGACUUCUGACCUAAGAGACGAGCUUGAUAUGCUCCAAGAAGAGAAUGAAAAUCUUCUCGAGAGGCUGCGGUUAGUUGAGGAAAAAUAUGAAGAAGCAGAAGUUAGGACCAGGGAGCUUGAGAAACAGGUUGCUUUUUUUGGAGAAGGGGCAUCUAUGGAGGUUCGUCUAUUGAAAAGGAAGGAAGCGGCACUACUUCAAAAAGAAAAACAAAUGAGAGAUGCCAUUCAAACUAAGAAGAAUGAUAAAGAUGAGGAAGUGGCAGCUCUUCGACAACAAGUGCAGGCGGCAAGGGAUGAGGCUGCAGCAGCAGCAGAGCAACUUAGAGAAGCUGAAUCUGAAGCAAAAGCUUUACACUCCAUGACUCAGAGAAUGAUCUUAACUGAAGAAGAGAAGGAAGAGGUUGUCUUUAAGAGGUGUUGGCUUGCUCGCUUCUGGGGUUUAGCUGUUCGAUAUGGGAUCUAUCCAGAUAUUGCUGCAUCAAAGCAUGAACAUUGGUCGUCACUCGCUCCUCUUCCUUUUGAAGUUGUCACUUCUGCCGGACAAAUAGCUAAAGAAGAAGCUUCUCGUAAGGGUAACGAGGUAUCUAAGGAAAGGAACAAACUUGUUAGUGACUUCAAUGAAAUAACUGGCAAAGGGAAUAUAGAAAGUAUGCUCUCUGUUGAGAAAGGAUUAAGGGAACUUGCUUCAUUGAAGGUUGAGGAUGCUGUUGUACUUGCGUUAGCUCAACAUCAACGUCUCAAUUUAUUGCGGGAAUAUGCUUCAGAUUACAAACUUGGUGAUCUGAAGUUCAUGGAGGCGCUUGAGCUAAGCAAGGAGGAGGCUGAAGAUGUUUUAUUUAAGCAGUCAUGGCUUGUGUAUUUCUGGGGAAGAGCUAAACAACAUGGCGUGGAAGAAGAAAUUGCGGAAGAGAGGUCACAAUUUUGGAUCGAUCACCUCGGUCAGCAACCGAGCUUACAUGAUGCUAUCGAUGUGGAGAGAGGGUUGAUAGAGCUGAAGAAGCUGGGCAUUGAGCAUUUGUUGUGGGAAGCCUCUCGUAGGGACGUCGAUACCAACUGAAGCUCGCCAAAGCAUGCAGAAGACAACAAUUAAUUAGCUGUAUAAAUGACGGUAAGCACUUGCAGGGUGAUAUUAUUAACAGAGCUAAAUUCAUUCGAGCAUAUUCAUCUGAGUCUGUCAAUCAAUUAUUCAAAUCAUUUAGUUUGGGAAGUGAUAUUAGCAAA